AUGGCCGAUGCAUUUGGUGGAGACCUGUUUGAUGUUUUUGAAGAUUCUAGUAAUGCAUCAAAGUCAGAAAAAUCUUCGAAGACUAAGAAAAAGGAUAGCGAUGAGAAGAGUCAAGAAGACCUUCUGCACCAAAUAAUACAGAAAAGACCUGUACAAGAAUCAUCACAAGAUGAAGAGACAGAGACUAAGAAACAGAAAACUAUGGUGGAUGAAAUCAGUACAUUUGAUACUAUCCCUAGAAUACAGAUUCAUACUGUAGAAACAGUUGAGGCCUGUUUACACGAGGUUGCUAUUCCACCAGAUGCAGAAUUUACACCAUUGAAACCUCCACCUGAUAAACCUGCCCAAGAAUAUCCAUUUAUUUUGGAUCCUUUUCAAAAGGAAGCUAUAUUAUGUCUCGAGAAUUAUCAGUCUGUUUUAGUUUCUGCUCAUACAUCAGCUGGUAAAACUGUGGUAGCAGUGUAUGCUAUAGCCAUGUCAUUACGAGAAAAACAAAGGGUUAUCUAUACCUCACCUAUUAAAGCUUUAAGUAAUCAGAAAUAUCGAGAACUAUAUGAAGAAUUUCAAGAUGUAGGAUUAAUGACUGGUGAUGUUACUAUUAAUCCAACUGCCAGUGUUUUAGUUAUGACUACAGAGAUUUUAAGAAGUAUGUUAUAUAGAGGAUCUGAGAUAAUGAGAGAAGUGGCUUGGGUUAUAUUUGAUGAAAUUCAUUAUAUGAGAGAUAAAGAGCGUGGAGUAGUAUGGGAAGAAACCAUCAUAUUAUUACCAGAUAAUGUACAUUAUGUAUUUCUAUCAGCUACUAUACCUAAUGCCAGACAGUUUGCUGAAUGGAUUUGUCAUCUUCAUAAACAGCCAUGUCAUGUGGUAUAUACAGAUUACAGACCUAUUCCCCUACAACAUUAUUUAUUUCCUUCUGGUGGAGAUGGUUUACAUCUUGUGGUGGAUGAAUCUGGAGAUUUUAGAGAAGAGAAUUUUAACACGGCUAUGUCAGUUUUAAAGGAUGCUGGAGAUGCUGCUAAGGGAGAUCAGAAAGGAAGGAAGGGUGGAUCUAAAGCCCAAGAUUCAAAUUGUUUUAAAAUAGUGAAAAUGAUAAUGGAGAGGAAUUUUGCUCCUGUUGUUGUAUUUAGUUUUAGUAGAAAAGAAUGUGAAGGAUAUGGUAUGAGUAUGGCCAAACUAGAUUUUAAUACAGUUGAAGAGAAGAAGUUAGUAGAAGAAGUGUUUAAUAAUGCUAUUGAUGCCUUGUCUGAUGAAGAUAAAAAAUUACCUCAGGUAGAACAUGUAUUACCAUUAUUAAAGAAAGGUGUUGGAAUCCAUCAUUCUGGUUUAUUACCAAUACUUAAAGAAACUAUAGAAAUAUUGUUUUCAGAGGGUUUGAUCAAGGCCUUAUUUGCCACAGAGACAUUUGCCAUGGGAUUAAAUAUGCCAGCAAGAACAGUCUUAUUUACAAGUGCUCGGAAAUUUGAUGGAAAAGAUUUUCGCUGGUUAACGUCUGGAGAAUAUAUACAGAUGAGUGGUAGGGCUGGACGUCGUGGUCUAGAUGAACGUGGUAUUGUUAUUCUCAUGAUUGAUGAAAAAAUGAGUCCUGAUGUUGGUAAAAAUUUACUGAAGGGUUUACCUGAUCCAUUGAACAGCGCUUUUCAUCUAACCUAUAAUAUGGUAUUAAAUUUAUUACGUGUUGAAGAAAUAAAUCCUGAAUAUAUGUUAGAAAGAAGUUUUUAUCAGUUUCAAAACUAUGCUGCUAUACCUGAUCUUUGUGAAAAAUUAAAGAAGAAAGAAUUAGAAUAUAAGAAUAUUGUGAUAGAAAAUGAAGAUAAUGUAGCAGCCUAUUAUAAAAUACGUCAACAAUUAGACAGUUUGAGUAGAGAAUUGUUAUAUUUUAUACGUCAACCAUCUUAUUUAUUACCAUUCCUUCAACCUGGUAGAUUAGUUAAAGUAAAGAAUGAUAAUGAUGAUUAUGGUUGGGGAGUUGUUGUUAAUUUUAAUAAGAAAAAGGAAGAUAAAACAUCUUUAGAAAGAGAAGCUGCAGUAUAUAUUGUUGAUGUGUUACUUUAUAUAACUAAAGAUGGUAUUAAAUCUCGUGAUAUCACACAGGUUAAACCUUGUCCACCUUCAGAAAAGGGAGAAAUGCAGGUUGUACCAAUAAUGAGUCAUUUAAUAGAAGGUGUGAGUGCAUUAAGAGUUUAUAUAUCAAAAGAUUUAAGACCAGUAGAUAAUAGAAUGAGAGUUUAUAAAUCAUUAGUGGAGGUAAAGAAGAGAUUCCCAGAUGGUCUACCACAAUUAGAUCCUAUAGAAGAUAUGGGUAUUAAAGACAAGUCAUUGAAAGAAAUAAUAAAAAAAAUAGAAGCCUUUGAACAUAGAUUAUACUCUCAUCCACUACAUAAAGAUAAAAAUUUACAGUAUCUUUAUGAUCAGUAUGAUAACAAAAAUAGGGUGAAUAAUGAAAUAAAAGUUAUAAAAAGUGAGUUAAAAAAGAAGAAAUCAUUGUUACAAAUGGAUGAAUUAAAGAAACGUAAAAGAGUAUUAAGAAGGAUGGGGUAUGCUACAGCUUCUGAUGUUAUUGAGAUCAAAGGAAGAGUAGCUUGUGAAAUCAGCAGUGGAGAUGAAUUAUUAAUGACAGAGUUGUUAUUUAAUGGUGUUUUUAACGACCUUUCACCCCAACAAUCUUGUUCCCUAGUCAGCUGUUUUGUUUUCCAAGAAAAUGCCAAUCAGUUAUCCAAAUUAUCCGAAGAAUUAUCAGGUCCACUCAGGAUCAUGCAGGACACAGCACGUAGAAUAGCUAGAAUAAGUAAAGAAGCUAAGUUAGAAAUAGAUGAAGAAGUCUAUGUUGAUGGUUUUAAACCACAUAUGAUGGAUGUUGUUUUUGCUUGGUGUAAUGGUUCUUCAUUCGCUCAAGUUUGUCAAAUGACAGACUGUUUUGAAGGUAGUAUUAUCAGGUGUAUGAGACGUUUAGAGGAAACAUUAAGACAGUUAUGUCAAGCAGCUAAAGCAAUAGGAAACACAGAACUAGAAAAUAAGUUUGCUGAGGGUAUUCGACAAAUAAAGAGAGAUAUUGUAUUUGCUGCUAGUUUAUAUUUAUAG